UUAUUUCGUCUGCAUUGAGCAACCGAACGAAAUAAAAACCCCUUCCCUCCCUCCCUCUCAAUACGCGUUUCUUUCAUUCCCACCGACCCCCUUUCUCCUUCACCGACGCCCCCAUUUUCCUCCUUCCUCGCAGUUCCCUUCUGCGGCAAUCUCGGGCAGGGGGAAAUGGGACUCGAGAAGGAGGUGCCGCCGCAGCCCACAUUGCUGGAAGAUCUGCUGGUAAAGGCCGGAGGCUGCGCGGUGAUAGACGGCGGAUUCGCCACCCAGCUCGAGACCCACGGCGCUUCCAUCAACGACCCUCUAUGGAGCGCUCUCUGCUUGAUCAAAGACCCCGAUCUCAUCAAAAAGGUUCAUUUGGAGUAUUUGGAGGCCGGCGCCGACAUUAUAGUGACUUCUUCUUACCAGGCGACCCUUCCUGGGUUUCUAUCAAGGGGGCUUUCUGUCGAGGAAGCAGAGUCAUUGCUGAAGAAGAGUGUGAGAUUGGCCGUGGAAGCUCGUGACGAGUUUUGGGACACUGUGAAGGGCUCUCCUGGAGAUGAAUACAACAGGGGUCUGGUUGCAGCUUCCAUUGGGAGCUAUGGAGCUUAUCUCGCUGAUGGCUCGGAGUACAGUGGUUGGUAUGGAGAAGAUGUGACCCUGGAGAAGCUGAAAGAUUUUCACAGGCGUAGGCUGCAAGUUCUUGUGGAGGCAGGUCCCGAUCUGCUGGCUUUUGAGACCAUCCCCAAUAAGCUUGAAGCUCAGGCUUGUGUGGAGUUGCUUGAAGAGGAAGAAAUCAGCAUUCCAUCCUGGAUUUGCUUCAGCUCGGUGGACGGCCAGAAUGCCCCUUCAGGAGAGAGUUUCAAGGAUUGCCUUGAUGUGAUAAACAAGAGUAGCAGAGUGCCGGCAGUUGGCAUCAAUUGUGCACCUCCCCAGUUCGUUGAAAACCUCAUCUCCAAGUUCCAGGAGUGGACGGAGAAGUUGAUAGUAGUUUACCCAAAUAGUGGUGAAGUAUGGGAUGGCAGAGCUAAAAGAUGGCUGCCAUCAGCAUGCUUCGGAGAUGACAAGUUCGAACUGUGUGCUAAAAGAUGGCAUAAGUUAGGAGCCAGCCUCAUCGGUGGCUGUUGCCGGACAACUCCUGCUACUGUGACCGCCAUUUCAAAGGCCCUGAAAGAAAGAUCCUCUUGACCACCAGCAACAACAUCGACGUUCUCACCAUAUAUGACAUAGAACGAUUACUUCACAGAUCAGAUACUUCAUUCAAAUAGUCAAGCCAUAUACAUCACAGAAAGCAUUUGUUGCCCAAUUCAUUUUAAUUGCCAUUGUUAUUUACAAUGUAAGCUAUUGCUUGCUAAAUUAUAAGAAUUUACAGCCCCCUUCAUUACCUCAAGUGAAUUCCAGUUGUAACCAAAACAAAGUUGAUUUAUAACU